AUGAUUGCCAAUAUUCAGAAACAUUGUAAUUGCAAUUUUACGGAUGUAGACCUUGGAACUACAAAUGAUAGCAUAAUCUGCAUAUCUGAAUCGGACAUGCUUUAUAAUGUUACCAUGUAUUCGGUCAGUAAUAUUUCCGUAGAGAAUUUGCUAUGCACUUUUAAGCAAUGGACUGGGCCAGGAAGCCGACUAGAAAUUAUUGAGCCACAAUUAUUAGUGUGCUCGAUAGAGUAUGCAGCCCGCCUAACUAAAACUGAAGAAGCCUUAAUUGGUAUAGGCGCUGCUGUUUUUUUCGUCUUAGUCCUUCUUCUAUUGGUUUGGAUCUUUAUGCGUAUUCGUCGUAAGUUAGGGGGCUCAAAGUCUGUCCCAAGACAAACUCAUCCGAAAGAGUCGAUACUUAUUGCAAGAAAAAAUUUUUCGGUUACUCCUGCAGUAACCGAAUUUGUUUCAGUUCAAAAAAGAAAUGGGAAUUCUACAACUUCUGUUGGAUUACCCAGUGCUGGCAUACAUUCUGGUGCUCAUGAUAACCCACAUCAUGAAAAUUAUGAAAUGUCUCAUCUAAAUAAUGGAAAUCAUCAUGGCAAUCAACCAAAAAUUACAAUUACUCCAGAUACCGAAGAUGCACCGACUAAACUGCCUGGAAGUCACACCAACAACAAUUUUGAUAACCAUGAUCGAUUAGUUUAA